AUGGUUAUUAUUUUUGUUACUGUCGGUUCCAUGAUUUUGCCGUGCGAUUAUUGGCAAUGUUAUUCUGCUCUCUAUUUACUUGCUGAGCACACACGCAUACACCUAUCUAUCUAUCUAUCUAUCUAUCUAUCUAUCUAUCUAUCUAUCUAUCUAUCUAUCUCAUUUGUUCCUUCAUAUCAAUCUAUCUAUCUAUCUAUCUAUCUAUCUAUCUAUCUAUCUAUCUAUCUAUCUAUCUAUCUCUGUUCAUAUCUAUUUCUCAGUUUGUUCAUAUCUAUCUAUCUAUCUAUCUAUCUAUCUAUCUAUCUAUCUAUCUAUCUAUCUAUCUCAUUUGUUCCUUCAUAUCUAUCUAUCUAUCUAUCUAUCUAUCUAUCUAUCUAUCUAUCUAUCUAUCUAUCUAUGUAUCUAUCUAUCUAUCUAUCUUUGUUCAUAUCUAUUUCUCCAGUUCAUUCCAUAUAUCUAUCUAUCUAUCUAUCUAUCUAUCUAUCUAUCUAUCUAUAUAUGCGUAUUUCCCGUGAUCUCCUUUCUAUAGCUGUCAUUACAUGUUCAUCUCUUGUUCUUCUCUCCCGUUCAAUUUCAUUCAUAUAUUACUUUUUCCCCCUUUUUUUUACCUCCUUCAUCUAUACAUUUUUUUAUUUUAGCUUCUGUUUGCUUUCGUCUCUUGUUCUUGGCUUUGUUUCCCUUCGGACUUGUCCCUUUCUUAUUCAAAAGUCUCUCUCUCACGCUGUCCCUCUCCCUGUCUCUCUAACUCCCUCUAACGCUCUUUGUCUCCGUUUCUGUCUUUCUGCCUCUCUCUGUCUCUGUCUAUCAUCCUCUCUCACUCUCAAUGUCUCUCUCUGUCUCUCAUACUCUCUUCUCUUUCUCUCACUCUCUGUCUCUCUCUCUCUUUUCUGUCUGUCUUUUUAUUUUUCUCUUUUUCUCUCUUUCUGUGUCUGUCUGUCUCUUUCUGUGUCUGUCUGUCUCUUUUUCUAUCUGUCUCUUUUUCUAGCUGUCUCUUUUUCUAUCUGCCUGUCUCUCUCUGUUUCUAUAUAUAUACAGGACUAUUGCGAUGAUCAGAAAACUAGUUUUUUACGCCCUACAAAACAUACAAACGUGUAUGUACGUGCCCACAUAUUCACAUACAAACAAAUGGAUGUUCUUUCUUUCGGACUUUUCUUUAAUUUUUUCCAGAGCAACUUUUUGGUUUCUUCCUCUCUAUCACUCACUCUCUGUCUUGCUCGAUUUUAUUUUUCUUCUUUGAAUUCGCUCACUCAAAUUCUCUCUCUCUCUCUCUCUCUCUCUCUCUCUCUCUCUCUCUCUCUAAUUAAACCAUAA